CUGUCAUGCAAAGACAUCAAGGACAGCGGAGAAUUUAACAGUGGAAUUUACUGGAUAAGGCCUGAAGGCUCAAGUGACAGUUUCCAGGGAUACUGUGACAUGUCAGCGGUCGGACGUGAGUUUCGUUCUUAAAAAAGUAACUUUAGCAAGAAAAUGAUAGUGUUUAACUUUUUAUUGCGUCAGGUAAAUAACUGUAACUGUCAAUCGUUUUCAUAAGACCAAAGCGGUAGAGAAAAAAAUGCGUUUCAUAUUCAAUAUAUCUAAGUCGGAUUAGGAUAAUCUAAUCUUGCUUUGCUGUUAUAUAUACAAAUAUCAUUGUAUUUAUUCUUGACAUUGAGUUGAAUCUGAACGUUGCAAAUUAAAGGUUUUUUUAAAUCAGCUUGGUAAAAGCUAUUAAUCUUAACUACUUACUUUUGUAAGUAUUUUUAAUCCAGACCUAUUCUGUUGUGCUGUAUCAUCUGUGGCAUCUGGCUGGCUGUCUACCCUGGUCCCAGAGGCUUUUCUUGAUUUGUACCUCUGAGACCAGGGUAUUGUUUUCUUUUUUAAUUUCAGGUAAAUAACUUUUUAGUUCUCAAUUAUAUAGUUUUUUUUUUGAAUAAUUAGAAUGGAAAAAAGUCACGGCUCAAGCAUAUACUUUUCGUGGGGGAGUGACGAUUACCUACAGUGAUGAAAACAACGGGCUCGCCAUAUUUGGUCAAGCGACGUCAAAUGGAUGCGGCGGGAAACAGUCAGGAGCUUUAACGUUGAUCGAAGGAUACUGGAGGAAAAUUAAGUACACACAAGAAUUCCGUGGUGUUGCGUCAUGCUGGAGCAUAUUUGGGGAUAACUGGUAGUUUUUUUUUUAUAUAAUCAGGGAGACCUUGGUAAUCUCAAUUAUUUUUGUCAUGGCAUUAUUUCACUAAAAUAACAUAGUUCUCUAGUAUUGAUAUAACUUUCAGGAACGGUUUUAGAUCAAUGAACCUUCAGAGUUGUUUAUUAAUGUUUUUAUUAGCCUUUACUACACUCCCCCUUAACACUGGAUUUUCAGAGCGAGGUGGGGAAGGGGCAACGGGCAACGAGUACAGGGAACGACAAAAUGAAAAAAAAAAAAAAAAAAGAAGGGUGGGAACCCUUUUUUAACCCCUCGCCCCAUUCCCCCCUCCCUCCACCUUCUCCUUUCUUCCCCCCUCAAGCUAGGAGAUUUUUUUCUUCUCCCCCUGUCUACCGCCUGUAAAAGCUUUUUAUUUUUUUUGGUAUCUCAUGUUAAAUCCCGUGUCUUGCUUAAUUAUUUCACUAAAAUAACAUAUUUUGCUAGUAUUGAUUUAACUUUAAGGAACGGUUUUAGAACAAAGAACCUUCAGAGUUGUUUAUUAAUGUUUUUAUUAGCCUUACAACACUCCCCCUUAACACUGGAUUUUCAGAGCGAGGGGGGGAAGGGGCAACGGGCAACGAGUAAAGGGAACGAAAAAAUGAAAAAAAAAAAAAAAAAAGAAAGGAUGGAAACCUAUCUUAACCCCUAGCCUCAUUCUCUGCUUCGUUCACCGUGCUCGUUCGUCCCCUCUUCUCGUUGGUCGUUUUUUACUAUCAUCCCUUGACACUGCCCGUAAGCAGUUCUUAAAUGUACGGGUAAGCCAAGUAAAAACUCGUGGUUUCGCUUGACACUGGCUAAAAUCUGUUUUAAAUAACCUUGCUGUUUUCUGCCUAAGCAGACUGGCUCACAGACUAGGUUUUCUCACGAGACUGCGACUGAUCGAUCACCUUUCUUCUCAAGAUCCCUUGUUCUGAACAAAAUAUUGCUUAGACUGGCUAAAUUUGAAAACUUGUACAUGAUUUUGUAAUGAUUAGGCAGUGACUGUGGUUUGCCUCUAUGCCUUUCACAGUUUUUUUUUUGUAACGAUUUAAGGUAUGGUCGAGAUUCUGUGAGUAAUCAUCCAACAGGUGUACAUCCUUUUAACGCCUCUGAAGGAGAUUUCAUCACUAAUCAGUACUACAUGGGAGGAGACUGUGAGUAACUGAUCAUACAUACAAUGAAUCAAACUUCCUUAAGGCUGCGUGCAAACGGACGCAACAACUCCCAACAUUGUUGCGCCAACAAUGUUAGGAGUUGUUGCGUGCAUGUUGGCAGUGGUGUGCAAACGGAUGCAACAACUCAGUCCCAACAAUGCUGGGACCUGCAGUGCAUCGUGGCAAAGGAUACAACCCAUUAGUCUUUGUAAACCAUGCGUAAUUAGCGUGCGUGGCCCCAACAAUGUUGGAAGAGCCGUGCAACGGAUCCAACAUUGUUGCGCUACGCUUCGGCGAUCACGGAACAAAACAAAUGUUGGGAGUUGCUGGCUGAAAAGUUUGACCGGUUUCAAACUUUGCGCAACAACACGCAACAACAUCCAACAACAUGCAACAGGGUGUGCAAACGGACGCAACAUGUAACAUCCAACAAUGUUGGGAGUUGUUGGCCAACAAUGUUUCGUCCGUUUGCACGUGGCUUAACACGACGACAAAAAGGACAGAGCUAAAUGAUCCGCUUUAAAAGCUUAUGGAAAAAACGAGGCAAUUGUCAAUCAGAUCUACGUAACGAGAACUAAUGACCUAAUGGUAAAACCUUUUACCUUAUUACAUGAAAUUUUUGAGACACGUUCGAUUUUGCAAAAACUUUGGAAUGAGAGUCCUUUUAAUUUCUCGUUUUUGAGUAAGACACAAUUAAUUUAACUUUUUAUUUAAUCAAAUAUAACGAUAACCUGCAUUUGUUAUUAUGUCAAAACUAAAAAAAAAUUAUGCAUAGGCGUGAAUUAUCCACGAUACCCACUAUAAGUAAGCCUCACAAGUUAUUUAUACAAUGUCUUGAGAAAGAUCAACUGGAGAUAACACUCUACUCCCAGGUAACUCCCACUUGUAAUUCCCUUUUUCUCUCAUCUUUUCACUUAAUUUUGGCGUCUCGUUAUUCACGACAAAAAAAAUUAAAGUGACGCGAAAAUUUCAUUUUAAGGUACAUAAACUGGUUUAUUCUGACAUCAUAAUACGGCCCUACCUCUUUACCUCUACCGCCAAUGGAGAAAUUAAGCUUCACGUAUACUGCAAAGGGCAAACGUCAGAUUCAAGUUGAGAAUUUUUCAUAAUAGAAAAUGAGCAGAUAAAAACAGCUCACAACAAUUCUUGUGGAUAAAAAAUUGCGUGAUAAACUACUAAUUUAUGUGUAGAUAUAAUGAACAGUAAACGACAAGUAAGGGGGGAAACUUGGUCACGUGGUACAAAGUCGCGUUUGCCGUUUGACGUAAACGUGAUGCUUAACCUCUCUAAUGUUUUAGCCUGACAUUAACAGCUGUUAUCUGGAAGCGUAUAUUAUUCACUCGCAAAAAUAUUAAUUUUAUGAAACGUAGAAAUUUAACAAAACUCUCAAUUAUACCACAGCACACUCAUUUGAUGGCGAUCCGAGAAGAUGUGACAACGAUCGAACGAAUUUUUGGGACAACCCUGAUCGAAGAGUACGUUACGCCACGGUUGUCCUGAGAAGAAAUUUGACGGAACAGAAGGCGGGGAUUUUUACUGGCACCUCAUGUGGAAAACCAUGGUACAAAAUCAGGGACAUUUUCGUAUAUUUUUAG